AUGGCUUUCGUGGCCGUCGAGAAUCAAAAGACGUUUCGUACCCUUUGUACGGCUCCGGUCUUCCAGCUCAUCUCGGCAACCUACUUAGUCGGCUCUACUGACGUCAUCCUGAACAACAUUAUCCUCGUGAAGGCACCGGAGUACAUAGGAAGUGCGGACGGACACGUCGUGCUUGGCGUGGAUGCCGCAGACCUUCAGUCCGCGUAUAUGGGCGAUAUGCUCUGCGACGCGGGUAAGGCAUACCUGAACGGCCUGCGUGGCAGCUGGACCAUGGCCAUCGCGUUGUUCGGCGUUCGUUUCUGUGCGCACUAG